AUGACUGUCGUGGAAGCUGUCAAGGAUGCUGUUGGGCUAGGUGACAGCCCAGGUCGAACAGAUAUCCUCAUUCCGAACGUGUCGCUCAGUAUUGUACAGGAUGAAAGGCACAGCUACGAGAAGUGCCAAUACGAAGAGUUCAAACAGCGGGUAAAGAAGAUGGACGAGAUCAGAGCAGCUAAGAAUGGCGCGAGGAGUAACUAG